CUGACGUCACGCGCCGGGUUGAGAGUUCAGAGGUGAUCGCAGGUGCUGGUGGUGGGUGACUGCGGGAAGAGCAGGGAUGGUCGGGAUUUAGGGACUGAGCGAGAAGUCACAGGCCACCAAGGUUAUGACAUCAUGAGUAAAAGAAAGUCGAAAGAGAGCACUUUAACACUGGGAGAAUGUAUUUCUCAGGCUCACAAAAUACUGAGGGAAAGAUGCUGUCACCAGAAACUCCCCAGCAAGCCCUUCGGAGUGGAGUCCCAGUAUGAGCACCUGCUGGAGCUGCUGAGGCGAACGGCUGUCCAUGGAGAGAGCAACUCUGUCCUGAUCGUGGGCCCCAGGGGAGCAGGGAAGUCCAUGCUCCUGAGCUGCGUCUUGAAUGAAUUGCAGAAGGAGAAAGAAGUGAUGGAGAAUAUUUUACUGGUUCACCUGAAUGGAUUGUUGCAGACUGACGACAGAAUUGCUCUUAAGGAGAUCACCAGGCAGUUGCACUUGGAGAAUGUGGUUGGAGACAAAGUUUUUGGGAGUUUUGCAGAAAAUCUUGCCUUUCUCCUUGAAGCUUUAAAGAAAGGAGACCGCAGCAGCAGCCGCCCCGUGCUGUUCACCCUGGAUGAGUUUGACCUGUUCGCUCACCACAAGAACCAGACUCUUCUCUACAACCUCUUCGACAUCUCCCAGUCAGCGCAGGCCCCUGUCGCGGUGGUCGGUCUAACCUGUCGGCUGGAUGUGCUGGAGCUGCUGGAGAAGAGGGUGAAGUCCAGAUUCUCCCACAGGCAGAUUCAUUUGCUCAGUGCCUUCGAUUUCCAGAAGUACCUGGAGAUCUUCCAGCAGCAGCUGAGUUUGCCGGAGGACUUCCCCGACGGAGGGUUUGCCGAGCAGUGGAACGAGAGCAUCAAGUCUUUAUGUGACGACAGAUCAGUAGAAGAUAUCUUACAGAAGCACUUCCACUCCAGUAAAGAUUUCCGAUCCCUCCAAAGGCUGCUGGUGCUGACGCUGAGCCGAGUGACAGUGUCUAACCCAGCCGUCAAACCGGCAGAUCUGUUAGAAGCCAGCCGCCUCUGCACGAUGGACUCCAAAGCUAAUAUUCUGCAUGGUCUCUCGGUCCUGGAGCUGUGCUUGAUAAUUGCCAUGAAGCACCUGAGUGACAUUUAUGACGGGGAACCCUACAACUUUCAGAUGGUCCACAACGAAUUCAAGAAAUUUCUGCAAAGAAAAUCGCAUUCCAUACAUAACUUUGAAAAGCCUGUUGUAAUGAAGGCUUUUGAGCACUUACAUCAGCUGGAACUGAUAAAGGCAGUGGAUGGGCCCUCUGUGAAGACCCAGAAAGAAUACCAGCUUGUCAGGUUAAUGCUGGACAACGGUCAGAUAAUGGAAGCUCUCCAGAAGUACCCACAAUGCCCCACAGAUGUCAAACAAUGGGCAACAUCUGCCUUUGCGUGAAUGUGGAAGAUGACUGUUACAGGGUCUGAAGGACACCACUGCUGCAUGGACUUUCCACUGAACACUGUCGAUAUUAAGUUUCUACAUGGUGUUUUGAGGUUUAAAUGUGGAUUAGAGAUGGACAUCUAACAAGCAGAAACUGUGUCAUGAAGGUGUAAAUGUGCUACUUACAUUUUAUAGAUCAAUUUCCAACGAUAUGGCUUACAUUUUGAUAUUCACUUUUUAUAUAUGAAAUAAAACAUAAUAUCUUUGUUA